AUGUCCCUUACUCUCCAGUCCACCUACAAGCUUGUCUCAGGCUAUGAGAUCCCCGUGGUGGGGUUCGGAGUCUACCAAACGCCCUCCGAUGUCACCGAGAAAGUCACCGCUAAGGCCAUUGAACUCGGAUACCGCCAUGUCGACAGUGCCAAAGUCUACGGAAACGAAGUGGAGAGUGCCACUGCUAUCCGCAACUCUGGACUCGACCGCUCUAAGAUCUUCUACACCAGCAAAGUCCCCCGCACAUGCAUGGGCUAUGAGAAGGCCAAGAGGGCCAUCGAGGAAAGCAUUGCCGCAGCAAACCUCGGCUACAUUGAUCUUAUGCUGAUCCACGCACCCUACGGCGGUAGGGAAGAUCGUCUCGGCACCUGGCGCGCACUUGUCGAGGCCCAAAAGGCAGGCCACAUCCGUUCGCUGGGUGUGUCCAACUUCGCCAUCCAGCACCUCGAGGAGUUGGAGGCUUACAUCAAGGCCGGAGCGGGUGGUCAGAUCACCGUCGGCCAGUACGAGAUCCACCCGUGGUGCCCUCGUGACGAUAUUGCGGAGUGGCUGCAGAAGCGCAACAUUAUCGUCGAGGCAUACUCUCCCCUCGUGCAAGCGACGCGCAUGAAGGAGCCUGUCUUGCAGAACCUGGCUAAGAAGCACGGCAAGUCCGAGGCCCAGAUUCUGGUCCGCUGGAGCUUGCAGAAGGGAUUCGUGCCUCUCCCCAAGUCGGUGACCGAGUCUCGCAUUCUCGAGAACUCCCAAGUCUUCGAUUUCACUCUGUCGGACGAGGACAUGGCUAGCUUGAAGCUCAACUCGUAUGAGCCUGUGUGCUGGGAUCCCGUCCGUGACUGCAAAAUCUAA